CACAGUGGGCGGUGCUUGGGCGACCUGGAAGGAGGCAGGCUGCAGACCCGAGUGUGGUGGGCCCAUGGCUGUACCGGACCUACGGGCUGAGCUGGACUCGCUGCUCCUGCAGCUGCUCCGUGACCUGGAGGAGCUGGAGGCGAAGCGGACGGCGUUGAACGCCCGGGUGGAGGAGGGCUGGUUCUCGCUUUCCAAAGCUCGCUACUCCAUGGGUGCCAAGUCAGUAGGGCCCCUACAGUAUUCCUCCCGCAUGGAGCCCCAGGUCUGCGUCAGCACCAGCGAGGCGCAAAACGGACUCCAGAAAUUUUGGGUGGUGAGAGCCAGCGCCCAGACUCCAGAGGAGGUGGGGCCCCGCGAUGCAGCUCUGCGCAGGCGCAAGGGCCCCACCAGGACUCCAGAGCCAGAUCCCUCCCCAGCCCUUCAGGACCCUCUGAACUGGUUUGGAAUCCUGGUGCCUCACAGUCUGCGGCAGGCCCAAGCCAGCUUCCGGGAAGGCCUGCAGCUCGCGGCAGACAUGGCCAGCCUUCAGAUCCGCAUCAACUGGGGUCAAAACCAGCUCCGGGGGCUCCAGGAGAAACUCAAGCAGCUUGAGCUUGGGGCCACCUAACCGGUGGCCACAGAGACAGGCCAUGAGCACAGCUGUUCUUCAAUGUGGCCGCCUUAUCUCAAGCCUUCUUCUUUCACAGAUUGCCCCCCACUCCCCACCCCCACCCCACACACCUUAAAAUUUCUCUGGUCUGUAUGUUUCCAACCUUGUUAGGUGUGAAAGUUUGAAGAGGCAAACAGUAAUGUUGAAAAUCCCUACUGUGAAACCACUUCUAGUCCUGUAUUCUCCUAGGACACACUCAUGUGGGAUCGGUACAAAGUUGUUAGGUUAGUUCAUACUAGUGAACAACUGAAACAACCUCAUGCAUAAAUCAUUAAAGGUGAAAUACUGGACAGCUAGUGUUGGAAAGGACAAGAAGUAGGUGCUUCAGUUUCACUAGAUCAUCAAAACUGAUUUCGAUGGAGGGAAAAAAACUAUACAUGGCUUACAGAUCAGAAGAGGAUUCCAUGUCAAUAAAAGACACAAACACCUGUGUAGAUGGGCAGCCCUUGGCAGAUCUUAGGCCAGAAAGUAAAAGGGAUAUGUAAAUUUUCAAAUAAACAGUAAGAAGAGACCUUUCAGGGUUUUAAAAACCUGCCUUUAUCUUUCCAGGAGUGAGGCUGAACCUCUUAUAAUUUGUUGAAGGGCCAAUUAUAUUUCUUGUUCUGGAAAUUCUGUGUCCUUGCUUCAUUUUCCUAUUGGGUUGUUAUUUUUAGCAAUUUCUAGGAGCUAAUUUUUAUGCUUGGGGAAUAUUGGUCCUUUGUUCAUAAUAUGAGUGUUGUAAAUUUUUUCCCCCAGUUUGUCUUUUAACUUUGCUUAUGGUGUUUUUUAAGAACUUGUUAUUGUAAAAUAAAACAUGUUACAUUACAGAACAAUACAGAUCAAUUGAAUAGCAUAAUAAUUAAAGUGAAAGCCAUAGUAACCAUCACCCAACUCUUAUAUUUUUAUAGUCAGUUUUCUUAAUAAAGUUGAAUUUAUUAGCUGUUUAA